CCCGCAACUUUGAGCUGGCUGGACGAAGCGGAGGAGCCGCCGCUCCCCGCGCCAGCCGGCUUGGGACUGGGCGUGGGGGGAAGGGGCUGGCGCGCGCGCGAGAGAGACACGGAUCCAGCCACCCCUGGGGCUUUGGUUGCGCCGGGGAUUAGGCCGGCUGGGCAGCGCCUCGCCCUCCAAGCAGAGCGGCGAGUUUGUGGAGAGCGGCGAGCGAGCCGCGCAUUGCAAUCGGGGAACCCCAGCUGGGAGCAGAGGCGGCGGCGGCUGCUGGGGGAUCCGUUAGAAACUAGCAAUCCCCCCCCCGCCCCGCCCACCACCACCCAAAAAAACCCCAUUGCACCAGCCCCCGGCUCUGCUGGGGGAAGGGCGGAGGGGUGGCACGGCUGCGAUUGCCGCGCUCUCUCUCCCCAGAUGCUGGUUUCGGAAGCACUUGGCAGGCACCAGGCAGGAGCCUGGAGGCGGCGGCUGUAGCCGCGGCGGCAGCAAUGGGAGCCGGCUGCUGAGGGGCGCCCGGCCGAGCGGAGCGCCCGGCGCCGGAGCCCGGGCAGGUGGCACCCGCGGGGGGGGGGCCCAUGCGGUGACCGCGCCGAGCCGCGGGUGCCCCCAGGGUGCAGUUGCGGCUGGAAGAGCCGGAGGAGGGUCUCGCUUGUCCGUGGCGCCCGGGGAUGGGCCCCCGCCGCGGCUGAGCCCCAGCGCCCGCCCAGCCCCUGUCUCCGCUCCGGCCGGCCAGUGAGCCGGGAGCCGCCUGCCGGGAGCAGCCAUGGCCGCGGCCAUCGCCAGCGGCUUGAUCCGCCAGAAGCGGCAAGCGAGGGAGCAGCACUGGGACCGGCCCUCGGCCAGCAGGAGGCGGAGCAGCCCCAGUAAGAACCGGGGGCUCUGCAAUGGCAACCUGGUGGAUAUUUUCUCCAAGGUCCGUAUCUUCGGGCUGAAGAAGAGAAGGUUGCGGCGCCAAGCACUAUUCAACCUUAUACCAGUGGGACUACGAGUUGUCGCUAUCCAGGGUGUAAAGACAGGGUUGUAUAUAGCCCUAAAUGGAGAAGGUUUCCUCUACACAUCAGAACUUUUUACGCCGGAGUGCAAGUUUAAGGAGUCGGUUUAUGAAAAUUAUUAUGUAAUCUACUCAUCCAUGCUCUACAGACAACAAGAGUCGGGUAGGGCCUGGUUCCUGGGGCUUAAUAAGGAAGGGCAGGUCAUGAAAGGAAACAGAGUGAAGAAAACAAAACCAGCAGCUCAUUUUCUACCCAAGCCAUUGGAAGUUGCCAUGUAUCGAGAACCGUCCUUGCAUGAUGUUGGAGAAACAGUGCCAAAGGCUGGGGUAACUCCAAGUAAAAGCACAAGUGCAUCUGCAAUAAUGAAUGGAGGCAAACCAGUGAACAAGAGUAAGACGACAUAGCCAGAUCCUCACAGGUGUUGUGACUUAUUGAGCCCUGAGUACAGUUGAGCAAUUUAUCCUUGCCGGACUCUCCGACUUCAGUGUCUGUGGAUCAGCUUGAGGCAAGUGAAUACUUGCUCUUUGCUGUUUCUGAACUAAAUUGUUGCAAGUGGAUAAAUCUCAACAUGUAGCUCCUCCCACAACAAGAAGACACCUGGAUAACCAGCUAAACUCAGACCAUGGAAUGCCCUACCAGAUAUGGAAUGCCUUUUUAAUAUCUUUUCUGUGACUGUGACACUUCAUGUGAAUGACAUACUUCACAAGUACACUUGAUACCUUGCCUGCUGACAGUUACCCAUAAUCCCUUUUUGAGUCCAGUUUCAGCGAAAUCCAUGUGUUUAAGUUCUAUUUUGUAGCACACAGAUAAUAUCAAGUAAUUUCUAGUUAGACGCUGUAAACCUGUGCUGUUAUGGAUUUCUCUUCUUCCCUUUUUUUUACAAGGCUGCUUGCUCCACUGUCUGUGACCUUUUGCAGGGAUUGUGGUUCUCUAAAACUUAAAUGUUGCAGGUGGCUUAGUUCUGAAAGCAAUCAGGGAAUCAGGAAGCCUUCAAAAACCUAUUAUUAUGAAUUAUAUCUAUGAAGACUAGGAUCAUUGUCUCCGACGUAGAAUAUUGAUAAAUGUGAAUACACUUUAGUAACAGGUACCAUGCUCCUGAGGUUGGCAUUAUUGUGGUGGGAAAAGUGUCAAACACGACCAGUAGAAAAAUUUUUGAGACUAGUGUUUGACAUCUCCCUAUAGUUUCUUUUUGUGUGUGUGUUUUAUACAUAUCACAGGCUUACUGGUAAUGGUAACAUUUGCCUUGCCCAGCGAGCAAGACCCACUCAUUUUUGGGAAAGUGGGUCCAAAGAACUCUGUAGGCCUUGUAGGCCUGAAUUAAGGCUCAUUUUUCACCUACUAAUCGUCAUUGUUUGAAAAACAAUAAUUAAGACUAACAAGAAUUGCGCUACCUAAAUCCAGUUCAGAUCUAAUCCUUUCCUGUUUUUAAUUAACUGAAUUUAAUGCCAUCAUUAUUUUGGCUGUUUCCCACUCUUCCUCAGCAAAGCACGGGCAAGGAUGAUGUUGUGUUCUUUUUAGCAGCACCAAUGCAAAGGGUAGUUACAAAUUAUACUUUAAAUAUAUUUAAAAUUAUACUUUUAAUUUUUUUUAAACUGGGUCUAUUAGAAAACAUUAACAAAAAAUGUUUAGCUCAGCAUGCAGAGUCCAGUCCUAUGUAUUUCACCCUGUAACCCAUACCUCUAACCCAGCUUUUUAGGAUGUUCCCACCGAGUUGCUAGAUAAACGGUGCCUUGCCUUGCUUUCUGUAUAUUAUACAUUCUAACUAGUGGAAAUCAAACCCAUUAUGAGAUUGAGUCCUUGGAUCAUGUUCAAUUGCUUCAUGAAAAAUAUUGGUGACAUUUCACUGGUGUCAGUUAACUGUCAUGAAACCAAUUGAGAAAAAAAUAAAAUGGGUAAUAAGCUUUAGACAGUACAACAAAGAUGCCAUUGUAGUGUUAAAUACUGUAGGUAAUGAGUUUCAAAUAUUUAGUCGCAUACUUUCAAAAGACUGAAAUAAGGCUAUUCUGUGUGUGCUUAAUAGGCAUUUGCUUCUCAGAAAGGGCAACAAGUACCUGAGUUUUGGCAAACUGUGUGUGACAACCUUCUAUUGGCCUCUUGCUGUUAUCAUGUUUAAGGGAGACAAACUUCAUCCUUCCCUUUUGAGCAAUUGUAUUUACUGAAAAAAAUAAUUUUCUCAUGGCAUUACACAGAGCUCUGUGACAGGCCACCAGUUGUUUCAAAUUGCUGGCCUGUUUAGCUGCAUACUGAUUCAGUCUACAUUAACUCUUCAUGCUUUGUCAUACGGGAGAGGUUCCAUUUUAAUAAGUAACCCAGCAUAUUAUUCAAAUAGGUUAUUGUAAUGCUGCUAUGAGUCUUUUGACAGUUUUAGGUUCCUUGUUUAGAUACCGUGUAAAACAGACAAAGUUUGGGUCUUUUUAAAGAGCCGAGUGAAACAUAUCAAGUGAAGUUUGUUUUGUAAGUAUUUAAACAAAGACAAAGCUACGUUAAUGCUGUGACAAAAUGUGCAUAAAGUAACUUUUGGCCCAGAUCAUCCCCUCCUUUGGUGGCUUUAAAGGAGAAAAUUUCCAUGAGACACCCCUUGUGGUGAACCUCCCAUCUCAUCCCACCAGGAGGGGUGGGACUUGUGUGCCCCCCCCCCCUCCCCGCCAAAAAAAAAGGCUAUGAAGCCUCCCCUGGUGGAUCAGUAGGAGACCAGGACUACUAGAGUAGAGCUCUGCCCCGGCUCUCUGAUGGCGUCCUGGCAUUGGAGCCUCAAUGACCUCCCCGCCCCCCUCACCUCUGCUGUAGCGCCUCUUGGGAUUGGGAAGGGGGUUAUGCGGAAAAGCUGCAUUAUCUUUUGUGUCUAAUGUUCACAGGGCUGGUGAGGGAGCCUAUGUGCAUUCUUGCCCUGUCCCACUCAGUCUCCAGCCUGCCCAGUUUGGACCCUGGACUGCACAGAGGUGGCUCUGCAGGGUCCAGAGUGUGAGAAAGUGCCAUAGAACUGCCUGAGGUGUGCCCUGAGGAUGUAGAGAGCACAAGCUGGGCCUUUGAAUUUCAGCUCUCUGGAACCGGUGUCCCAAGGCCAUAUACAUCACCAUUGUCACCCUUAAACCCGACAUCUCAGGCAGCUAUUAUCUCUGCCAACCUGUUGACUAGUUACAAUUAAGGCUGAAUUUAUUUUUGUACAUGACUAGUAUGUACUGUAAAUGUAUCACCAGUUUUAUUUUUGUUUACAGGGGUUGCCUGUAAGGGUGUUUAAUCCUGUGAAUGGAUGUCUUAAAACAAUUUCUUCUAAAGUCUGUUUAAACAUAGAGCACAGAGGUCUUUGUUAUUUGUGCUUUGGUCACUCCUUUAAUUUUGUCUCUUGUCUCAUCUGUUGCAUGGGAAGAGGAUGACAAUGAUGAACUGCAUGUAGUAGGCUAUGCGUAUCAAGAACUGUUGGUAUGUAUUACUAAAUUUACAUACAUAUAUGCAAAGAGUUGGUUUGCAUUGUACAGUUUGUGUUUAUUAUCAUUUGUUGUAUACACAGAGGCAACAUAUUGAAUAAAAUGUUUAUAUGAAGGCAUAUUGAAAAACAAAACAACUUUAUCUAACAAGCAGAAUGUGCAAAAUAACAUUGCACUGGCCACAAUAUAGUGAAACCAUGUAGCUAGGUUGGCAAACUCAAUUCUCCCCCUUUACCAUGCCAAAGAAAAUUUUAGCUCCUUGAUAUAUUACCUCUCUUGCUCCAGGAUAAUACUUCGCCAUUUUGUUCCCUCUAAAAUUAAUUUUGCUGUUAAGUGAAAACUAUUUUCAACUGUCUGUUACUACUAAAGUACUGUAUAGUAAACCUGAUGAAUUAAUUUAUAUUUACAGAUUUUGUGUUUUGUAUUUCCAUGUAUGUGACUCUACAGUAUGCCAGACAUUUGCAUGCUGUGUUUUGUAGUGCUCCUUCCUUUCUUUUUAUUUAAUCCCAGAGAGCGUGGUUUGCACAGUGGUCCAAUCUCUUCACUAUCUAUCUCACUAAUGCACAGGUACGUUAAUAAUGCAGAUGGGCACGAUCUCUUCAUUUUCCCUCCGAAACAAAAAGUUCAUUUUUAUUUCAGCAACAAUUUUGGCAAAAUAUCAGUCACGUAUACACACACAGUUCUUGGUAGCUAUGUACAAAUUGAAUAAAGCACUAUUUUAGUUGGGCUUAAAAAGCGUUUUAUAGAUUCACAUGAACCCUUACCAGCUUGGUCAUGUUUAUGAAAAACUACAGUAGCUUCUCCAGAAAUAUCACAAGUGGUUGGUAGCUCACUUAACACCUCUUUUGCUUCUUCUCCUAUUCUUUAAGAAACGCUCAAAUCAACAUGUUUAUGUAUUGUCAUUUUUUCAUCCAUAUGAUUUGUAUAACAAAAUUAACCCACAAAAGAAUAAAAGGACCUUCUUUCACAGUGUAUUUACUUGAAAGAAUCUUGUAAAGCUCAUAAUUGUUUACACACAGAGGGACAAAUUCUCUGCUGCUGUAAUGUUAUAGCAAUCAGUCGAGUAGACAGAGAGGUUGACCCAUGUAUUAAAGGUGUGUCUUGUUGAUCCAUCUGUUCUGUGGUACAAAGUAGAAAUUUUCAACUCCAUUCAGGUUAGAAAACGUAGGAAAAUUAGACAUAGUAUAGUUUUGUUUAAAUGCUCCUUUGGAUAAAUUUGUGAUCUGUGCAAUACAUUUCAAGAUUUUUUCAGGAUGUCUAAUGCAAGUCCUAUGAUUUAUUUUUUUUAAUGUAAUAAAAUCUUUGUUCUAGAGCCCAGUCAUAAAAAUAUUCAACUUAGUUUUAUUUGUCCCUGGACUACAGUACGAAAUAUAAUUUAGAAGUAAAGUGAGUCACCAUUCCAGGAAGAAGGAGGGCAGUGCAUCAAAAACACCAAGCCAGGGGUACAUGAUCAAAUCUUCAGCUACACGCCUCUGAAAGAGAGCUUGACCAUUUACCCUCCCAGUAAUCCUUUCCCUUUGCUAAAUCAUGGAUACAAGCAAAACAGUGAACAACAAGUUUAUGUCUGAAACCCAAAAAGAAGUUAUAUAGAGUGGCCACAAUCCUGCAAAGUGCUGAGAGUGCUCAGAAGUAGUAUUCAGCACUUUUCAGAUGGUGCCCUUUUUAUCACAAGAAUGGAGAACUGUAUAUGUGUUCAGUAUCAAACUCCCCACUUAUCUAACCAGCUUUCUCUUUCUGUAAUUACUGUUUGCCCAAGACCUGGAAGCAGUGACAUAAUUAGUGUAUGUUAAUUAGAUGGGAAAUAUUUUUCACUCCCUUGCACCUCUUUUUACUUUUACAAUUUAGGCAGACAGUAUUUUCACAUACAUGGAACAAUAAUAUUUAUCUUCAAGUCUUAUUUUUAAAGCAAGGGAAUAAGUUGCGUAGAAGAUAUACUGGGACUCAUAUCACCAGUUUCCUCGGUGUGGGAAAAAAAGCUGUUCAAGCCACACACACAAAAAAAAGAACAAAAAAUGGAAAAGAAAAUAGAUAUCCAUUACAUUUUGAGCAGUCUUAGUAAAUACUAUAUGGCUUAUAGCACAGUUUUGCUUUGAUACUUUAUAUUUUACUUAAUUCCAGGCACUAGCCUUGUCAAAGAGAAUUUUAAAACAUUUUUUUUAAAUAAGGCGAUAUUAAUCCACCCCAAUAGCUGAAAAUUAAAAAACAAACCUAUUAUGGAAGUGUUUAAAAGUUUGUCUUACUAGAAAUUAGAAUCACGUCUAUGUUUUUAGUUUACAAACUUAAAAGGAAAACAGACAAAAUCACACAGUAAAAUAAAAUACAUCGAAUAUUACAUGACACACAGAUAUCCAGCAAUUUAUGGCCUUAGAGAGAAUCAUUUUCCAGUCUAGGAAUAUGGCUGCCUGAAUAUCAUAGCUAAGAUACAGUAUUUUUAUCUUUGUUUGCUAGUUUGUUUAAAUGAUACCAAGUAUCUAUUCAAUCUAAACAACAUUGAUUUUCUUCUUUGUUAGCUGUACAAAGUACUGUACAUACAUGGCAGACAUAAUGAAGCUUGAUUUCCUUUACUCUUUCAUUGACUCAGAAGUACCCCACAUCUGUCAGACAUUUAUUACGAUAAGAGACUUCCGGUCUGUGUUAAUUUAUAUAUAAAUAAAACAAACAAGCUUAUGUUCACCAGUCAAAGACCAGUGUCGGCAAAUGUUCAAAUGACACAGUGAAAUACCUAAUCUCUGUACAGUUUAACGGUUACAACCAUAAAAUAUAAAAUGUGAUUUCAAAACUUGUUUUACUUCAAAGUUUGUUUAUGCUACAUCAAUACAUUUGAGAACUCUGCCUGAUAUUUUGGUUAUCGAAGGAGAGGCAGUAGCAGCUUUUGGGUAUAGUUGUCUCUGUGAAUGUGCAGAACUCCCAUGAAUAAGUUAUGCACAGACAUUUAGAGGUGACUGGAUUACGCCUCCCUGAGAACAUGGGCUUUGAAAAGCUGCACAUUUAUGUUUAAAAAGAAAAUGAGGUCAGAGCAGGAGCAAGCUAAAUGGGAGGGGGAAAUGAUUGUUGAAAACCUUUCCAUCACGCACCUGAAGUUUUCACACUAUAACUGUUACAUGUUCUGUACUGGUGUAUUUUCCAAUUUAAAUAAUCAAUGUCCUUUCUAUAAGAAAACAAAUUUCUAGCGUAAUAAUGGAAAUACCAUUUUUCAGUUGAUACACAGGUUCCUUAUUUCUUAGUCUUGUAUCAAACUAAAAGCCUGAAACUUGACACCUACAUCACAACAUAACAAUAUCAAAGUUUGAUUUGUUUUGUGAUUUAAUCAAAAUGUCAAUCACUUUUGAAAAGAAAAUGUACGUCUUUUUUCGCUCUGAAGAAUUAAAGGGCUGCCAAACCUACACGUAGGAGGGAAAAAAGAUUCAAAUGUAAAUAACUUAGGGAAGUCCCAAGAUAGUUGUGCAUCUUUCAUAAUUCAAUGUGAAUUUCCCACUGAGCAGCAUUUCACCAUUGAUAAGAAAUAAAAAUUUUGUUCAUA